ACUUACCUGGACGGGGUCAAUGGGUGAACAAGAAGGCUCAUGGCCUAGGUCAGGGGCCCUCAUUGCACUUGGAGGGGGCCCUGGCCUACCAUCUCCCCAAGUGGGAGAGUGGACGUCAUAAUUUGUGAUAGAGGGGGUACGCGUUCGCGCGGCCCCUGCCCAAAUCUGACUUAAAUUUUCAUUAUAUUCCAUCCAGCUCGUUUGUUUGUUUUGAGCUGGAAGGGAUGUGUCCCUCCUGUUGAAGUUAAUGGGCUGGGCCGCUUUGGGGGAGAGGAGCCCAUGUACUAUGUUUUGGGUACUCGUUGAUGCCUCUUGCUUGCAGAAAGAAAACAAGUGUUCAUUGGCCCACAAUUCCAGAUGAUUGGGUGAGCCCAGCUCUAAAGGGUCUCUGACACCUGGCAACUUGGCAUUGGUUUCAUAUCCACAGCAUGUUGUGUCCAUCCAUACCCAGCUGCCGGUGGAUAAAGCCAGCUCUCUUGAGUACUGGUAUUGAAUCACUUAUCCAUGGCACUGGCUAUUGGUUCCUUUGCAUUCUGCAACGUCCAACCCAGGGUGAAGGCCCCAAACCCUGUUUCAAGAAUAAUCAAGACUUUUGCAAGACUACCAAGUCGAACAAAUGCAACUAAAGGGGUGUCCAGUGUGUGUGAACCCCUCCCACCAGACAGGCCUCUGUGGUUCCCUGGAAGCACCCCUCCAGAAUGGCUUGAUGGAAGUCUCCCUGGAGAUUAUGGCUUCGAUCCUCUUGGACUGGGUUCCGAUCCAGAACUUCUUCGAUGGUUUGCACAGGCUGAACUGAUGCAUGGCAGAUGGGCAAUGCUUGCUGUUGCUGGAAUUCUUGUCCCUGAAUGCCUCGAGAAGUUUGGCUUCCUUGAGAACUUCUCAUGGUACGAGGCCGGGGCUCAGCAGUAUUUCGCAGACCCUGUGACAUUGUUUAUAGUCCAAAUGAUUCUAAUGGGAUGGGUAGAGGGAAGGAGAUGGGCUGACUAUAUAAAGCCUGGUUGCGUUGACAUUGAACCCAAGUUUCCAAAUCGAAAGAAUCCUAAACCUGAUGUGGGUUACCCUGGUGGUCUUUGGUUUGACUUCAUGAUGUGGGGUCGCGGCUCGCCGGAGCCGGUGAUGGUGCUGAGGACAAAGGAAAUCAAGAAUGGCAGAUUAGCAAUGCUCGCUUUUAUGGGGUUUUGGUUCCAAGCUAUUUAUACCGGAGAGGGUCCGAUCGAGAACUUGAUGGCUCACCUGGCUGAUCCUGGGCACUGCAACAUUUUCUCGGCGUUAUCAUCUCAUUGAAGUCUUCAAACAUGGUGGAUGGCUUCAAUUGAAGAACAACUAAAAGUGAAGAAGAUGGUAAUUGGGCUGAUUGGCUGCAGUAAAAUACAAUAGGCAUCCAUGAGUUUUUUUUUUAAUUAUUUUUCCUCCUAUAGGUGCAAAGUGCUGCUGUUUAGUGAGCCUUGUAGACAUUGGAAAUUAAUAAAAGAAAUUUUCAAUUCAGUCAGCUA